AUGUCGAUUCAAAAGGAAGGGACGCAAGCACCCAUUGUCAUCGAAGAAGGAGAAGCAGGCAUUGAUCAAGUACCCAACACCAGCGCGCAGCUGAAUUUUGGUGAGCUAGGGGGCGUUAUGGGUCAUGGUGGUGUGAAUGGAGCUUGGGCCAUCGCUGGAGGCGAUCUCGACGAAGAUGGGCGACGGCGCCAUGGCCACAUUGCCAUCGUCGCCGCUGAGAGAAGGGCGCUAGGGGCAUUACUUGCUGACAGUAGAAGGAGCGCCGAAUAUGAGGCACAAAUUAGAGAGGCCAAGACUCCAUGGGUGGAUGCUAGGAGCGACGCACCAUGGGCACCGUGCGCCAGGGAACAGGUAAAUGGAGCUAAUGGCGAGGCGUCAUUGGCAAUGGGUGCUAAUGGCAGGGCAUCGCUGGAGACGGACAUUGAUGGCCAGGCACCGCUGGGAACAAGCAUUGAUGGCAAUGAGCCACUGGCGCUGUCGAUCAAGCUUGUUAUCCACUGUGGUGGGAGCACGCCCAGGCCAGCUGGGCAAGGAUAG